CAAACCAGUAAACAGUCGUUCGUUACCAGUGACGACUUAAAGACAGAAAGUCGACAUUUUUGUAACAGUAUUUUAGUGUUUAUUUGCAGUUAUAAUUACUUUUAUUGCUGGCCUGUUGAAUUUAUGAACUUUAUAAGGGUUGAUGAAAAUUUAUCAGCAAAAUCAAUUAUAACAACAUGUUUAGCACGUGCAACCAUCACUACAACAAACGGCUUUCUCACUUUUGCCAAAAACACGACGAGGUCAUUUGUGCUAAAUGUAUUCCGGAAUCCCACGAAGGAUGCCAAAAUGUACAGCUCAUUGAAAAAGCUGCCGAUACUGCCAAAUUUGGAUACGCUCUGAGUUCUUUGGAAUCGCGAAUUCAAAACUUAAAACUAGUCGUUACAGAUAUGCUUAAAGUGAAUGCAGAUAAUUUCUCAACACUAAAUGAUCAAAAACAAACAAUUAAGAAGAAGAUCAAGCAAAUUCGAAAUGGCAUAAACGCGUAUCUUGAGAAGUUGGAGAAUGAACUCGGGAAUGACCUUAUGGAAAAGUAUAAAGUAUGUGUGAAAGAAAUUGAUAAGGAAAGGCAACAAUAUUUACAGCAAAAAGAAACUUUGGAUGAUUGGACUCGUGAAAUAAAAGCAAUGAAAAAUCACGCUUCUAGUGUUCAUCUGUUUUCUAUGGCGAAGCUGUUGCAUCCUAGACAAAAAGCAAAUGAGGAUUCUGUACAAAAGCGCCUAGCAGAUUCUAAAACUUCAAACAUUGACUUUGAGCAGUCCAGAAUACUACUAGACUUUAAAAGACUCGUCAUGUCGUACGGGAAGAUAUCUAUCAGAGAAUCGCCGGCUUUGAUGUCUUCUACCCAUAGAAAAGCUUUCGCUAUUCCAUUAUUAUCUCGAAAUGAUAAACCUCCGUCUCCAGUAAUAAGCAAAUUUGAAACAUCGGUAUUUGGAAAUAAUGUUGAUGUUAUAAGAGGUUGCUUUUUACCAGAUGACAGACUCUUUAUACCAGACAAUAAAAGCAAAACUAUAUACGUCUGUAAAAUGAACGGAGCAAAUAUUAAAAAAAUCAAAUUAAGACACAAUCCAAAAGACGCCUGUGUCCUUGAUAGAUCUCACGCGUUAGUAACAUGUGGAGACAGCGGUAUCAUGAUGAUAGAUUUACGAACUUUAUCCCCGGGAACUAUGAUUAUCCCUGGUGGACAUUGUACUGCCAUAAGUUGUACGGGGGACAAAAUAUUUGUAGUGAACGACGAGUGCAAAGUAAGUGUGGUUGAUCUUAAAGGAAAAGUACUAAAGCGAAUCACCACACGGUACGACCCAUACAUGAUAACAAGCAAUAAAACUGGUGUAAUAUUCUGGACCAAUUAUAACAAUAACAAUGUCAACAGUAUCCUACCAAAUGGAACUAGCCAAAAUCUGUAUUCUGGUUCUGAUUUGCGCGAAAGCACUGGAAUCGCAACAGACAACCGUGGAAACGUAUACGUCGCAGGUUGUGAUUCGUCCAAUAUUAUCAGAGUUUCAAGAACCGAUAAAUCAAGCAUAACUAUGUAUGCUAAACGGGAUGGAAUAAGUAGUCCUUUAGGAAUUGCUUUGAGCACAGACAAAACGAAGCUUAUGGUCAUAAACAACAAACAGAUCAGAGUUUAUAGAACGCAUUCAAAUUAAUCAAAUCUUUUAAAAUUUCUUCUACACCUUUUUGAAUGUAUGUGUUGUAUCAAAUACUGUGCGUCGUGAUAUAUUUUUAAUGCAAUUGUGUUAGAAAUACCUUUUUUCAAUUUACCAACACAACCAUGUUUACAAAUAUGUGUAAAUAAAGAGACGUAAAUAAUCUAUUACUGGACACGAACGAAUCAAUUCCUCCAAUGAUCUCACGUAUCUAUUAACAUUAACGGUACCAAUUUUACUGUACCAGAUGUACAUUUUGACAAUAAAUGUCUCUUCAAUGAUGCUCGAGGCAAAAUAUUUGAAAAUCCAAAAUUAUUCCAAAAUGAAAAAGUUUUAUAUUUUACCAUAAAUGCUAAUUCAACCGCAGUGCCACAUCGUCCUUAUACGGAAGUUUCAAAAUCUCGUUUGAAAAUUAAAACUAAAACGAACUUCCUUAAAGACCACAAUUAAUUUCUGUCAUUUCAAAUGGGUUAUUAUAUUUGCAAAGAGGACAUAUUUUUUAUACUGUAUGUUGUUUUCGGUAUUUUAUUUUAUAUGUGGUUUUGCUAUAAUGAAUAAAAGAUUUGUCUAUUUUCA